UAGGAGAAGGGAACAAAGUUGUUGGGAAGCAGUUCUUCGUUGUCUUUCGUCAGGUGGUAACUGCUUUAGUUGCUGAAGAUUUUAUUCUUCGGAACUUCUUUGACAGAGUGCCCCUCGAGCUCUACUUCCGGUGGAGAAUCGACGGCACUGCAUUGCAAAACUAGACGAAAACAAUUUUUUUUUCGAAAUUAAUAUUUAUCAUGGUUUUCAUUCAAAUAGAAAUUAUUAAAUAAUUUUUUUUUUAUUUUCGAAUGAAAGUGCUUCUUUUAAUAAAUUGUGGGGAAAAAAAAAAUUCGCAAGUGAGAAAAAAAUUUUCCUUUUUUCCUGGUGAAAAUUUAUUUUUUCAAAUUAAUUUUCUACAAAGUUAAAAAGAAAAAUGUCUCAUUUGUACAAAGGGAUUUUCAUUUUUAUAAUUCUCAACAUAAAUAUUCAAAUUAUUCUCUCAGAAACAAUAAUCACAGCCCAUGGUUAUAAUUGGGAUGAUGAUUUUGCGGUGAAAAUUCCUGAUGAGGUCGAUUGGUCAAAACAUCCAUGUAAAAGACCUUGUAAGUCUAAAGAAAUGCCAAUGGAGUGUCGCUAUAAAUUUGUAGUUGAAUCUUAUCAAACAAUGAGCAAAGCUUGUUACGAUUGUCCCCGCAAUAUUACGGAUUGUUUUCGUCCACAUUGCAUCAUUGCAGACGGAAUUCCACGGCCAAUUACCGUUGUAAAUCGACAAAUGCCUGGACCAGCUAUAGAGGUGUGUAAAGGUGACCGAGUAAUAGUGGACGUAAUGAACAUGAUGUCUUCGGAAAGUACUUCGAUGCAUUGGCAUGGUCAACAUCAUCGAACAACACCUUACAUGGACGGUGUGCCUUUCGUCACCCAGUGUCCAAUUUUGCCAGGAAAUACUUUUCGCUAUCAUUACGAAGCUGCCACUCCAGGAACACAUUUUUGGCAUUCUCAUAUUGGAUUUCAAAGAGGCGAUGGAGUAUUUGGAGCAAUGAUAGUGAGAGUUCCAUAUGAGGAAGAUCAUCACAAGGAUUUAUAUGAUGAGGACAAUUUUCAAGUGAUAAUAAUGGACUGGGAGCAUAAAAUGGGUGGUGAUACAUUUUUGGGACAUUAUCACGCUGGGACCAGCAAUAAACCGCCAAAUAUUUUAAUAAAUGGUUUAGGACAAUUUAAAAGUGUUAUCGACACUAAUGGAACUUCCGUAACCUUGCCAGUAGCUACAUAUCCCGUCAAGCAGAAUAUGAGAUACAAAUUUCGACUGAUUAAUGCAGAAUUUCUGAACUGUCCAAUUCAAAUGACCAUUGACAAUCACACAUUCUACGUUGUUAACAGUGAUGGGAAUGACAUCGAACCAAUGGAAGCGCAAUCCUUAAUCUCUUAUGCUGGGGAAAGAUUUGAUUUUAUUGUUGAAAUGAAUCAAGAAGUGGAAAAUUAUUGGAUGCAUUUUCGAGGACUUUUAGAUUGCGGCGAAGCUUUUACAAAAGCAUAUCAAGUUGCAGUUAUUCAUUACGAAGGUGCAAAAAAUUCAAUACCAAAUUCACCGAUUUCUUAUGAACGACGAGUUCCUCUCAAUGUUACGGAAAUAAAUGGAUUUAACAUGGGUACAGAAACAAAUGACACUAUCAGUAUUCCUCUAUUUGAUUCAAUGGAUCCUGAUGACGAGUCUAAUAAUAAAGAACCCGAUUAUCAAUUUUACAUUACAUACGAUUAUUACAAUACUAGUAAUCCAGUUUAUCAUCGAAAGAAUCUCUAUGAUUUUCAUCAAGUCAAAAAAGGACAUAAGGUCUAUACACCUCAAUUGAAUCAUAUUACAAUGAAACCAUCAUCGAUACCACUUCUUUCACAGAGAGAUUCUAUUGAUACAAAUACUUUUUGCAAUGAAACAACCGUCAAGAAUUGUGAUAAAGAUUUUUGUGCCUGCACACAUGUUCUUCAAGUAAAACUUAAGAGUGUCGUGGAAGUUGUUUUAAUUGAUGAAGGCGCCGUAUAUGACGCGAAUCAUCCAUUUCAUUUGCAUGGAUAUGGAUUUCGAGUUGUGGCCAUGGAAAGACUUGGAAAGAAUACAACCGCUGAGGAAGUUAAGAGACUGGAUCAGGAAGGACGAAUUCAUAGGAAACUUAAACGAGCACCGAUCAAGGACACGGUCACAAUUCCAGACGGUGGUUACACCAUAAUUCGUUUUUACGCUGAUAAUCCAGGUUAUUGGCUGUUUCAUUGUCACAUUGAAUUUCACGCGGAAGUUGGAAUGGCACUUGUUUUCAAAGUUGGAGAACAUGAAGAAUUUCCUCCGGUGCCAAAAAAUUUUCCGCAAUGCAACAGUUUUAUGCCUUUUGCCCCACCGGAAAUUGUGGACAAUAUCGAUGCUAAUCUAACAGAAAAUAGUGUAAGUGAAGUGAAUAAUAAAUUUUUAACAACACCAAAUCCAAAGGAAAAUGAAAUACAAAAUACGGAAGAUGUGAAAAAAUCAAUAAAAAGUUGGUUGCCAAUUAUUCUUCAAGAAUUGGGAAUUAAGGCAAAAUCUUCAUCGUCGAGUUUAUCAUCAUCUAUCGAAAGUUUAUUAUUAAAUAUACUUUUAUUUUCAUUAUUAUUUAUUAUCAAAGAUUAAUAACUUGAAAUAACACACGUCAGUUUUAGUUUAAGAUUCGUGGAAAUUUUGUAAAUUUUUUUCUUUUUGUGCUCGAAUAAUUUUGUCGAUUGAAAGUUAAUUUGUUGCUACAGUUAAAAAUGUGCGAUUUUUUUUUAAUAAUUUUCAUAUAUUUUAGAUAUAAAAACAAUUGUAUUGAAAAAGAAUUAUUGUUUUUGUUUUUUGUAAAGUUUUUUUAAAUUUUAAAUACUCAAGUUUUUUUUAAAAAAGAUAAACUUUGAUAUUAUACAAAAUAAAGUAUUUUCAAUGCAUUUUAUAAUUCGCAUGAAAAAAGAACAAAUAAUUCGAUAUAAGAAGUAAAAAGAAAAUUUUAUGGAAAAAAAAAAUUAUUUCAUAAUUUUAUUCGAUAAAAUAAAAAGAUGAAUAAUUUUGAUAAAGUAAUAAUUUAUAUUUAUAGUUUUUAUUAUUAUUAUAAUAAUUUUUUGGCUGAUACUUAUUAUAUAUAUAUAUUUUUUUAAUUUAAUUGUAUAUGUUUUUUUUUGUUUCUAUUGCUGUAUAAUUGUGAUAUACUUGACGAUAAAAAAAAGUAUUAAGCAAUGUAAUUGCAAAAAGUAUUGUAUAUAAAAAUAUAAGAGAAUAAAAAAAUUGAAAACAUAAGUUUUCAAUUUCGGUCUCUUUUUUUUGAAUGCUUGAAAUGUGGAAUAUUUAUAAUAAUAUUAUAUAUGCGCUUUAAUCAUUUUAAUUGUAUUCACGAGUUAAACAGACAUGUUUUUGUAUAUAUAUAAAGUAUUGUUUUCUCUUUCUCUGUGAUAAUUGUCAUUCUUUGAACUUGUGAAUGUAAAAAUAUUAUAUUGUAAAACACUCUAAU